ACUCGGCCGGUGCGGAGCUCCGCUCUCCGCCUCCUGCGGCCGUCCCGUAGGCCCCGCGAUGUCGGAGAAGGAGAACGUGAACCCUGCUAUGGCCGAGGCCCGGCCGCUGCACCCCCGGCCGCUGCCGUGUAAGGACGUGGAGGUGGCGGAGGAGGCCGAGUCCGGAGCGGAGAAGGAGCCGCAGGAGGCCGCUGUGGAGCCGGCCCUUGUGCCCCAGCCGAAGAUCUUCUCCAUGGAUGACUUCGAGGUGGGGCGCCCAUUGGGCCGGGGCAAGUUCGGGCGCGUGUACCUGGCCCGGGAGCGCAGCUCCAAGGUGCUGGUGGCCCUCAAGGUGCUCUUCAAAUCCCAGCUGGAGAAGGAGGGGCUGGAGCAUCAGCUCCGCAGGGAGAUCGAGAUCCAGGCGCACCUCCGGCACCCCAACAUCCUGCGCCUCUACAAUUACUUCCACGACGAGCGCCGCGUGUUCCUCAUCCUGGAGUUCGCGCCGCGGGGGGAGCUCUACAAGGAGCUGCAGCGUUGUGGGCGCUUCGAUGCCACCCGCACGGCCACGCUGGUGGAGGAGCUGGCGGACGCGCUCCGGUACUGCCACAGCAAGCGCGUGAUCCACAGGGACAUCAAACCUGAGAACCUGCUCCUGGGCUUCCUGGGCGAGCUCAAGAUUGCUGACUUCGGCUGGUCCGUGCACACGCCCUCGCUCCGACGCCGCACGCUCUGCGGGACCCUGGAUUACCUGCCCCCCGAGAUGGUGGAGGGGCGGGCGCAUGAUGAGAAGGUCGAUCUCUGGUGCCUGGGGGUGCUCUGCUUCGAGCUGCUCGUGGGGGCCCCCCCCUUCGAGAGCCCCUGCGUGGCUGACACCUACAGGCGCAUCACCAAGGUGGACCUGCGCUUCCCCCCCGAGGUGCCCGAGGGCGCACGUGACCUGAUCACGCGGCUGCUGCGCUACAGCCCCGCCCAGCGGCUGCCGUUGGCGCAGGUGCUGCAGCACCCGUGGGUGCGCGAGAACUCGCGCCGGGUCCUGCCCCCUGCCUACGGCGGCCGGGAGGGGACCCCCAGAGACCCCCAAUAAAGCUGUUGUAGUUCCAGA